AUGGCACAACACAGAACCGCCCAGCCAGCCUCAGCGCUCGGUUUUCCCUCCCAAUCUUCCUCAAACAGUACCUCACUGCCCCAAUCUCACGAAUAUCUUCCGCCACAGGCCAAUCUUCCACUUACGACACCCACUUCUUCCAAACCCUCAUACACUCAACUCCAAAAAGUCAUAACAAUCUCCCUCGUAACCCUCGCGGCCUCCCUCUCCUCCAUAUCCUCAAACAUCUACUUCUCCAUCCUCCCUACCCUAUCCGCCGACUUCUCCAUCUCCCCAACACUCAUAAACCUGACUGUAACAACGUAUAUGGUCUUCCAGUCUCUCUCCCCCACUCUCUGGGGUGCACUCUCUGACUCCUACGGCCGCCGCAUCAUCUACCUGCUUACCCUCACCAUCUACGUGGGUGCCUGCACCGGGCUCGCGGAGAGCAAAACAUACUACCAAUUGUUGAUACUCCGGGCGGUGCAGUCUACCGGUUCCGCAAGUACGGUUGCGCUUGGAGCGGGGGUUGUGGGGGAUGUUACCAGCCGAGAAGAAAGAGGGGGGUGGAUGGGAAUUUUCCAAGCCGGAUUGCUCGUGCCGCUGGCAGCGGGACCGGUUUUGGGUGGCGGGUUGGCCGAGGCGUUAGGAUGGAGGAGUGUGUUUUGGGCGCUGGUGAUCUUCGGCGGGGGCGUGUUGGUUGCGGUUAGUGUAUUCUUGCCGGAAACAUUGACUGGGUUGAGGUAUGGCGGGCGAUGGUACACCCUGAGGCCGAUUGGUGGGUGUUCUAGAUGGCAGCAGGCCAAAAAGAAGGACGUUGAGGGCGGAGUCGCAAUCUCGCAACAAGGAAAAGAGGCCGACAAGAAAGUCACUCUCGACUUCUGGACUCCCCUUAAACUCGUCGGCGGCGGCGAAGUAACUUGCAUCAUUCUUUUCAUCUCGCUAUACUAUACCGUCUGGCAAAUGACUAUCACUGCCAUAUCCACGCUCUUCGAAUCCUCGUACGGUCUCUCAUCUACUCAGAUCGGUUUGACAUUCAUCGCAAACGGGGCGGGAUGUAUCAUCGGGACAAUCUUGACGGGGAAGUUUAUGGAUCUAGAUUAUAUAAAAGUUAAGACGGCAUACAAUGGCCCGGACGAAGAUUUUCCGUUGGAGAAAGCGCGCUUGAGAACGGUAUGGAUAUGGAGCGGAAUGCAGAUUGCAUCUACACUUGUGUUUGGCUGGACGCUUAAUCAGAAAGUGCAUGUCUCGGUGCCCAUCAUCUGCACAUUCUUUCUUGGAUGGGCAGCUACCUCGACCCAAAGUGUUGUCACAACCUUCCUGGUGGACGUCUUCCAUGGACGGAGUGCAAGUGCCACGGCGGCCUUAAACAUGGCAAGAUGUCUGAUGGGCGCAGGAGGGACUGCAGCGAUCUUGCCCAUUAUCAAGGCCAUCGGAACGGGAUGGGCUUUAACGCUUUGGGUUGGUGUAAUGGCCCUGGGCCUUGUAUUGGUAUUUGUUCAAAUGAAGUGGGGUGUAGGAUGGAGAAGAAAGCGAGAGGAGAGAGAAAGGGAAGAGAAGUUGGUGCGAGAGAAAUAA